AUGUCAAUGAUUGCUGUUGUUUUUGAGUAUUUUGGGAUUCCCCCUGACACAUGGCAGCCGCCCAACGUCUACCUGGAGACUAGCAUGGGGAUCAUUGUGUUGGAGCUGUAUUGGAAGCAUGCUCCAAAGACCUGUAAGAACUUUGCAGAGCUGGCUCGGCGGGGCUACUACAACGGCACCAAAUUCCACAGGAUCAUCAAGGACUUCAUGAUCCAAGGCGGUGACCCAACAGGGACAGGCCGCGGUGGCGCAUCCAUCUAUGGGAAACAGUUUGAAGACGAACUUCAUCCAGACCCGAAGUUCACUGGGGCUGGGAUUCUUGCGAUGGCCAAUGCAGGGCCAGACACCAAUGGCAGCCAGUUCUUCGUGACCCUCGCCCCCACUCAGUGGCUGGAUGGCAAACAUACCAUUUUUGGCCGAGUGUGCCAGGGUAUAGAAAUGGUGAAUCGAGUAGGCAUGGUGGAAACAAACUCCCAGGACCGUCCUGUGGAUGACGUGAAGAUCCUUAAGGCGUACCCUUCUGGGUAGAGGAGAUGCUGUCUCGGGCACACCCUGGUCUUCUAAGAUGCUCCUAGUGAGCCAUCUUCUGGAUGACAUAGAGUGCCAUGUGUUGGGGUCAUGCAUAUCGACUCUGACACCCUCUGGACAAGUGAAGCAGAGGGCUCGUCUUUGGGGCGUUUGUAUUCUGGUCAGCAGUCACAGACUUGGAAAGCAGGCGGUGUUGUGGCGCUGACUGCACAGCCCCUUCCAGCCUCCGGCGUGUGCUCUUCCAGGAAUAUGCACAGCUCUCUCUUCUCCCUCGGAGCCUGAGCGUCAACACUGCCGCUUCUGACACUAAACAUCCCACGCAAAGCCAGUUUGAAUUU